AUGGCUAAAUAGUUUUACUUAAUUUUUUCUGAUAAAAAAAUAAAGCUGAAAAGAAAAGUAUAUAUCCUUGGAAGGAGUAAGGCUUAAUCAUCGAUAGUGAUUAAAAAUGAAUCGAUUAGUAGAUAACAUGCUAAAUUAAUUGUUGGCAAAUCUAGUAUUACUAUAUAAGACUUGGGAUCUGCUAAUGGAACAUAAAUUAAUAAUAAAGCAAUAAAAUAAAAUUAGCUAGUUUUGCUAAGAGAGGGAAUGAAAAUAAAAUUAGGGGAAUAUGAAUCAGAACUAGAAAUAUAAUAUGAAACUAUUGAUAGUGAUAUCGAACUUUCCAGAUCUAGAAGCAGAUCUGAUUCAAAGAAAAAAACCUUAUAAAACAAAAGUAAUCAAGAAUAACAAAAAAAGUAAAAAAUUUGGAAUAUGGGAGGAUUGAGUAAAGAAAAUUAAGACAAACUUAAAAAAUUAAUGGGAGCNUAUAUGUUCUUUUACAAUAAUUAAUUGACUGGAUCUUAGAUCAGAAUUUAUAAAACUAAAUAUCUUCGAAUUUAUAAAAUUACCUCAACUAACUCUUAAAAACUGAUGUAUCUAUGA